AUGAGUUUUCGCAAAUGCGCCAAACUUGCCUUGGAAUGCUUAGUUUGGGUCAGUUACCUUGGAAUUGGAGCAAUUAUUUUCCAGACUCUUGAGAGGGAAAACGAAAGAAAUGAAAAGACUCGUUUAAAAUCCGAGAUCGCUUCAUUGCGAGGCAAAUACAACAUUUCAGAUGAGGACAUAAACAAACUAAGGGAUAUUUUCGAGAGUCCUUACGCUUCGACAAAAAUAGAAACAUGGAAGUUUGGCAAUGCAUUCGUUUUUGCAGGGACAAUAUUGACCACUGUCGGCUAUGGCCACAUAGUUCCCUUGACUUCAUGGGGCAGGAUUUUUUGUAUUUUGUAUGCACUGUUUGGAAUACCACUGACAUGUGUGGUUUUCAAGGUAGUGGGUACAAAUAUCAACGAGAGUAUUACGAAAAUGAUCAGGGCUGUGAAAAACAAAUUUCUCAGACGAGACACAAUACACGGCGAAGCAACUGACAGUGCCUUGGUCGCCACUUUCUUGGCUAUCUUCACUCUUGCUGUAAUUUCUUUUAUGGCAGAUUUGAGACGUAAAGAUUGGACUUACUUAGAGAGUUUUUACUUCUGUUUUAUAACAUUUAGUACCAUAGGAUUGGGAGAUUUCUUGCCCUUCGAGGAUGGAAGAGUUGAGGUCAGCGAAUAUCUAAUGAUGGCAGCUGGGGUUAUUUUAGGAUUCUCUAUGAUGUCCACUAUGCUCUGCGCUCUUGGUCAGGCGGUCGAGGAAGGCACCCACCUAAAAAAGGUUCAUCUGCUUGUGACUACGAUUGAGAAUGCAGACAGGGGUAAAGAAAACUUAAAAGCAAGCACAAGCCAAGAACUGGUUGACAUAGAUCAAGAAAAUGAACUCUAG